AUGGCAAAAAUAAUCGACGUGAUUAUUGAGUGGAGGGAGAAAGAAAACACAACUAAACUAUAUUGGGACUUGAAGUGCCAUAUGAAAAGGUCGAUCCAAGGUUAUUGCUAUCAAUUUAAACGUGACUUGAGUCACCUGUUAGGCGUGAAGAUUGAGUCCUAUCCCUUAAGACGACGCAGUAGUUUUGUUCUUGUUACGAAUUGGACGACCAAACAGUUACAUAUGCGAAUGAAGUCACAUUAUAGUACUAUCAAGCCAUUAGCAUCAAUGGGGAACCAUUUACAUUACACAAAUGAUGCAUUUUAUGAUGAGUUAAGAGAAAAACAUGCGACUAUUUCUCGUUUUCUUCCCUCUUCACUCAUCUCAUAA